AUGACAGACGUGUUUGACCAGGACAAGGCAGACCUGUCUGGGAUGACGGCGACAAAUCACUCUCUGUCCACCGUGAUCCACAAGGUAGUUGUGGAGGUGAACGAGAAGGGAACAGAAGCUGCCGCAUGUGCAGUAGCUUGGCCUCGCUGAGGUACAGCAGUUCUACUUCCCUGCAGACCACCCCUUCCUCUUCUUCAUCAGACACAACAAAACCAAUUCCACCCUCUUCCUAGACAAGUUUGCCUCUCCUCAGUAA